AUGAAGAUGAUUCUAACUAUCUUCUUUAUUUUUUCUCUCAUUUCCAUUUCUCAUGCAUCCGUAGUUGAUUUCUGCGUAGCAGAUUACAAUGCACCAAAAACUCCGGUCGGAUAUUCUUGCAAAUCACCAGAAAUUGUAACCGUGGAAGACUUUGUCUACCACGGCCUAAACAAAAUCGGAAACACAUCAAACAUUUACAAAGUCUCUUUUCAACCUGCAUUCGACGAGCAAUUUCCCGGUGUAAAUGGACUCGGAGUAUCUAUAGCGCGUUUAGAUAUCCUUCAAGGUGGAGUUGUUCCACUUCACACACACCCUGAUGCUUCAGAAGUGUUGCUUGUUACACAAGGAAACAUAGUUGCUGGCUUUGUUUCCUCCAACAAAGUUGCUUACAUUAAAACUCUUCACAAAGGUGAUGUUAUGGUUUUUCCACAAGGGUUGUUGCAUUUCCAAAUUAAUAGUGGUGGUAAUACUGCAAUUGCUUAUACUAGCCAUAGUAGUGAAAAUCCCGGUGUACAAAUAUUGGAUUUGGCUUUGUUUAGAAACAAUUUUCCAUCUUGGAUUAUUAAUGCAACUACUUUUAUUGAUUAUGCUGAGGUGAAGAGGAUCAAGGCUCUUUUUCAAGGUAGUGAUUAAAAUAUGUUGUUGUGGUUCAUGAAAGAAUGAGGAAUAUUAUGCAUUACUAUUUAUCUUUUAAUAAUUGUUGUUGGAUUUGUUUCU